CAGAAAUUUACAAUUAGAAAUUUUGAAUUAUCAAUUACAAACAAAUUAGAUCUUGAAUCUGUCUUUUUAAUUGUCUUUAUUUUUUAUUAAGAAUAAUUAAAUGCAUCUGGAAAUAAUAAAUAUAAAUUUAAAUGCAAAAGACAUGCCUAAUGGAAAUAACUAUGAUAAUUUUGGUCGAAUUUACGUUGGCCAAUUUACAAGACCAUAUCAUACUUUGGGAUGCAAGUAAUUGGAGGUUCAAAGAAAAUCGAAAUGAUAUUUAUGCCAACGAAGGUGACAAUCUAAUAUUUAUCUGUCCGAAAAAUCGAACAUUUUCUCAAAACUUAUAUUGGACAGUUGAUUCCCGUGUACAAUUAAAAUGCAAUAAAACAUUACCAAUUAAAGUUAUAAAGCUUUUGGAUUGUUUCGGAAAUAAAUCAGUUCAAGAAUUUGUUUUGAAAGUUAGUCGGUUCCCAGAAAUCGUGUCACUUCCAAGUUUUCAUCCACAAAUUCCUGUUUAUUUUGUAGCUCAGUCUGUGAUAUGUCAACAGAAUAAUUUUCGUUUAAGCGUUAAAUUAGUGUCUGGCAAUAUGACAAAUAUUUCUUAUCAAAAUGUUACCAAUGAAGAAACACAAACAACGAAACAUUCCAGAAAAUCUGAUGUAACCUCAAGCUCAUCGAUUUCUUCUCAAUUGAAAACAAUAGAAAUUCAAAAUCAUUUGAAUGAUACAACAGAUAUAUUUUGGAAUCAAGAGUAUAAUACAAAACAAUUAAAUUGGAUUGAAUAUCGAUUUUUACUUUUACCAGCCACGUUGGCAUUUUUCACAUUGAUCAGUAUACAAAUUGUUUUGUGUGGAUUUUGGUUUUCUAAUUCAAUCACUAAAAAAUUAAUCAAUUGUUUUAAAAAACCUAAUCUUAAACACAGGAAUCUAGAAUUACAUGUAAAUCGCAUGUAUAAAAAUCGUCAAAUGAAAAGAUAUCUUGAUAGGACUAAUUCAUUUCUAUCAACAGAUGAAACGUAUAAAUUAUCUGUUCCCAGAUGUGAAGUAGAAUCUAAUGACAGAUAUUGUUGGAAAUCAAAAACUCCAUUGUCAAUCAAAAAACCUGAUUUGAACAAUACAUUAAAACAACAAAAUUGUACAAAUCCGAAUUGGUAUAUUUGUUUUAAUCAAUCAGAUAAUUAUACAUCACCUUGCAAAUUCAUUGACUAUCAGUGCACACCAAAUUUAUUGAUAACAAAAAAAAAUUCUCUAGUCAAUCAGAACAUUCCAGAUACUUCAACCAUUCUAUGCAAUUGUAUAAAUCAGUCAACCAAUUUGAAAUUUAUGCAAAAUCAAGAAUUGUUAAUUCCUGUGACAAUUUAUUUGGAUAAAAGUAUUAGUGAAGAUUGAGAUUUAAAAAAAACGGUUGUAUCUUUGAAGAAUUUCCGAGUGUGUUCAACAGAGAAAAACAAAUUUUGUACGUCAGACAGUUCUUUUUUACCAGUGAUAUUUCAUAAAAUCAAUAAUUCAAUACCAUAAUCAAUUUUUUCCAGAAUAGAAAAUACAUUAUUCAAAUAAUUCAAACUCCUAAAUGAAAUACUAUUAUGAACCACUUCAGUUUCCUGCUUAAAAAAAUAUAUAACAAAGUAGAACUGUUUAUAACAAUUGGCUCUUAUUGUAUAUACUUGUUUCAGUAGAUGGACAGUGAUAUAUCUGUAUAUAACCUAGUCAAUGAAAUGUUUGCCUGAAAAUUCGUCAUCAUUCUUUAUUCAUUUAUAUGGUAAUUUAUUGUUUGAUAUACAUAUUCAUAUAUAGUGUAAAUAAACAGAAAACCGAGCAAACAAAUUUUAUAUCGUAAUAAUCAAAAUUUCAGAUUUAUCUGACUUCAUUUAUAUUCUAUAUUUUAGUUGUUUAUUUAUUUAUUUAUUCAUUUUUAUCUGUUUGUUUGUUUGUUUGUUACUGUU